AUGACUGGGAAGACUUGCACCACGUCGGCCACUUGCAGCGCUAAUGAAACGUGUGCGUUCCGCGACUCGAAGAAUAAAGUGUGCUGUCAGAAGGCUAUGUUGGCCUGCCAAGAUCUGUGCGAGGCCGGUACCACCCGGAGCACAUGUUCGAGCAGUGUGGCCCAGUGCAGGAACUCUGUCUACUACACGUUGAUGCAACAGCAAUGCCCAGUCACUUGCGGGCUUUGUAAUACUAAUCCUUCCACCCCCUGCGCCGACAAAAUCAACCCAGCCACCGGAAAGUCGGAUUGCAAGGACAGAGAGGCACUGUGUACCAAUUCGGCCUGGCUGAGCGUCAUGCAAGAGCAAUGCCCGAAGACUUGUCGAUUCUGUGAA